AUGACAGAGAAGCUGCAGUCUCUGUCGACGCAGAUAGUGCCCCCAAGUCAGACGACCGUCCUCAGUCCCAAAGCAGCACUCGACCUUUCGCAACACGUGCCCAGUAAGGUUGAGACGGUCGAAGAAGAGCCGUACACCAUCAAGUGUAUCUGCAACUUUGCUGACGAUGACGGGAGCACUAUCUACUGCGAACCUUGCGACACAUGGCAGCACAUUGAGUGUUACUACCCAACCACCUCUCAGGCUGCUCUCCAAGCAGAUUUUGCCCAUUUGUGCGUCGAUUGUAAACCGAGACCCCUCGAUCGGCAGGGUGCCGAUGAGAGGCAGAGGUUACGGCGUGUCAAUAUCCAUUCCACCGAGGAUCCGUCUGAGAGGAAGAUCAAGCGCCCGCCCGCCAAGAGCCACAAGAAAAAGUCCAAGCCAGACCUGCAAAUAAAUGGUCACAAUGGCCCCGAACCCAACACAAAACAGUCUACAGAACCGCAUGGCCACAAGAAAUCCAAGACUUCCCAUCGGCCAAGCCAAUCAAUCAGUUCCACCACCAAACGAAGCCCGUCUUAUGGACAAAAGAACGGGAAUACACAUGCCCACCCGCCCAGUCCUGCCACUACUCCCCCGGACAUUCCUGCUGACAGCGAAAUUCACCAUUAUUCGGAUAGUUUCCUAGCGCUGUACAACGAUGACCGCGAUAUUCAGCUUGUCCAGACUAAUUCAUUCGCGAGCUUGGAAAUCUCAAAUGUCAUGUCCCUCUGGACGCGCGACCAUGAGAAACUACGGCGCGAUUGCGGAUGCGAAUACAAAGAUGUCUUCCAGCCCUUACCAUCAGACAUCGACGUGAUCAAGCGUACACCGGUAGUUUCGCACAAGAAGCAAAUGUCUACUCCUGAUACCGUGCUGCAUUGGCAAUAUCUUACGACGCCCUCUUCGAUCGAGAAAGAUACCCCACUCGUUGAACUAAACGGACAACUCGGAUAUCAAAAAGACUACUGCAGUGAUGAAGGAAAUCAAUGGGACCUGCUCAGCUCGCCGCUCCCAUUCGUCUUCUUCCAUCCGGAACUCCCGUUAUAUAUUGACACCCGGAGAGAAGGCUCGCUUGCCCGUUACGUGCGGAGAAGUUGUCGUCCCAAUGCUACCCUUGAGACAUACCUCUCCAGUGGCUCUGAGUACCACUUCUGGCUCGUUAGUGAUCGACGCAUCGCACCAAAUGAGCAGAUUACAAUUGCGUGGGACUUUCGUCUUGAAAGAGGCGAGCGGGGAAGGCGGACACUUCAACUCCUUGGCCUUGGAGAUGAAAAUCUUGCUGAACAGCCCGAAUACGACCCAAAUUCGGUCGAUGAUUACCAAGGUAUCCACGUUUGGCUCUUUCAGAUUCUCUCUGAACAUGGCGGAUGUGCCUGCGAUCUUGGUUCCGACUGCGCCUUUGUACGAUUUUACAAGAAGUACAUUAAUCGAUCGUACUCCAAAUCCGGGGUGAAGAAAAAGUCGCGCAAACCGAAAACACAUGCUAUUUCUCCUACAACCACUACCAGCCGUGCUGCCAGUGAAGGGCACGGCGAUGAUGGUGCGGAAAAUGACUCUGGCUCGUCACGUAGCAAGCCGCCGAGCCGAGACAUGACACCAGCACGACAAGGAUCUUUUGACACAUUGGGCAUCCUCACCGAGCCUACAGACAGGGACAAACGGAAAGUGGCCAUGGUCGAAGAUUCGUUUCGACGGAUGGAGCAGCAACAGCCCCCGCGAAAGAAGAAGCGAACGUCAGACGGUCCGAAUCCGACCACGAAACCAAAGAGAAACUCGACGAGCAAUGCAUCGAAUCAAAUGGGCGGAACAACUGAACGCCGCUAUGUAGAUGCUGGUACCAACCGGAGCAUGUCAGGUUCGCCGCAGAGUGCCAAUCUACUCAAGCAAUCGACUCCAAGGCAAGGCUCGGUGUCCAUACCUUCUCGUCACUCGUCUGAAGGGCCGCGACCAGCGUACCGCGAUGCUGCUGUGCAGACAGAUCCGGUGGUGGGCGAGUGGUUCUCUCAGGUGCAGCAGACGCCCAAGACCAAGAGACGUGUCGUAUCGCUCUCAAAGCGACUCUUGGAUAACCGGCAUCGUAUAAAAGUCGACUGUGAAGAGCGCCGGCGGCUCUCCACAGCUUCGCCCACGUCUGUUGCGUCUGCCCUGGUGAAGAUGGACAUUGAUUCGCCGACCGACCGGAGCAGUCGAUUGCUCUCGCCUGUCGCUACCAAGGAGCAGCCGCAAGUUGACCAAGGUGGCGAUGCCAUGAUGACUGAUGCAACUUUGGUUUCACCCACAGACACGAGGGCUUUCUCUCCCAUUGAAACUUUAGCUUCUCGCCAAGUGAAGCCUAAUUCACCUGAAUUACGUGUCCAGCUACCUCCUGUUCCCGGUUUUAAUGGCGCAUUGGCAAUAGCAGCCUCUCCUACAACAACGCCCAUGUCUGCUGCAGGCAGUCUUGCUAGUCCCUUUGGACCUGGGCCUGCCGCUGUGAAUGGCUUGAGUAGUAAUCCGAGCCCAGUCAAGAAGAAGCUGAGUCUAAGCGACUACAAGAGCCGAAUGAAUAAGGGAAUGGCCGGAAAGCCGGCAAGCAGCACAUCGCUGAAAACACCUACCGCCAUCAUAGAGGAGGCCAAGUCGCCGGUCUCCGUUGAUGUUCAUAUGUCGGACUUGCCAGUGGCCGAGAAGACUACGGAGCUUUGA